AUGGCCGGCCAAUCCAGUACUAGGGCAUUUGCAGGAGGCAAGGAAGAGUUGGUGUUGACUGUGAGAAGACAGGAAGCACAGCUUGUGGUUCCGGCUAAGCCGACCCCUCGUGUUCACUUGCCACUUUCAGACAUCGAUGACCAGGAGGCUCUUCGUAUUCAGGUUCCCAUCACAAUGUUCUAUGGCGGCGGCUCCCACUUCCUGCAGAGUGAUAGAGAUCCAGUUAAGGUUAUUCGUGAAGCCCUCUCCGAGGCCCUUGUCUUUUACUAUCCAUUAGCCGGUCGCCUAAGGGAAUUAGGACCUGAUCAAACAGGGAGCAAACUUAUGGUGGAUUGCACCGGAGAACUAGGAAUCUUGUUUAUAGAGGCCGAUGCUGACGUUACCCUCAUGCAGUUGGGCCUCCCCCUUCAACCUCCGUUCCCUUAUUUGGAAGACCUUCUUCUUCAUCACGAUGAUGUUCAAGGCCGCUCAGUCGACGGUGGUAUACUUGGAUGUUCAUUGCUUUUAUUUCAGGUCACGCGCCUCACGUGCAGUGGCUUCGUCGUGGCAUGUCGCCUCAAUCACACCAUGUGCGAUGGGACAGGACUGGUUCAAUUCUUAACGGCUGUCGGAGACCUUGCACGAGGCCGCCGAGCACCUUCUGCACCGACGGUAUGGGAGAGAAAACUGUUGAGUGCCAGGGAUCCACUGCGGGUGACGUGCACUCAUCACGAGUACGAUCAGUUGGUCGACGACGACGACGUUGGAGCCCAACUUGAGGAUUUAGUUCAUCGUUCUUUCUUUUUUGGGUCUGCGGAAAUUGAGACAUUGAGACAACUCGUCCCUAGUCCCGAGCAGCUCGGACGUCGCUGUACCUCAUUCGACUUGAUGACGGCAUGCAUCUGGCGAUGCCGUACCAUCGCUCUCGGAUUCGAACCUAACCAGGAUGUGCGGUUUCUUUGUGUGGUCAAUGCCCGCAACAAGUAUAAACCUCCCCUCCCAACCGGUUACUACGGUAACGCUAUUGCGUUUCCGGCUGCUUUGACCACUGCGGGUAUGCUAUGCAAACACUCAUUAGAGUACGCAUUGAAGUUGGUAAUGAAAACUAAAGAGAAUGUGACAGAGGAGUACAUGAGGUCGACAGCUGACCUCAUGGUCCUCAAGGGACGACCCCCCUUAACAACGGGGGCACACAUAUUUUUGAUUUCAGACUUGAGGCGGCUAGGGUUUGGGGAUGUCGACUUUGGUUGGGGAAAGGCUUGCUAUGCCGGAGCAGCCAUGUCCGGCAUAUCCAGCGCAACGAGGUUGGUCAACUAUUAUGUAUCCGGUAAGAAUGAUAAAGACGAAGAUGGAGAUCUCUUACUAAUCUCCCUUCCAGCAACUGCCAUGAAAGUAUUUGAGGACCAACUGCAACGCCUACUAAAACAUGGUUAUGACAUCCUAUCAACUUUAUAA